AGGAACAGAAGACUGAAAUUAUCAGUAUAAACAUAUAGUAAAAGCAAAUUGGUACAUGAUGUGACAAACUAAGUUGUAGGUGAAUGGUGUAUAAAACUAUGAUACGCCUUUAUGAACAUGCUAAGACUGGAGAUUAUAGAAAAGGAAAAAAAUGUUCCUUAGCAGUUGUACAACAGAACUUUUGAUUGGAAUUUAUAUAAGUGCUAAUAAACUGUGUAUUUAAAAACACUGUCUAAGCAACUUAAAAAAGGAAGACUGUAUAGCUGAUUGUGUUGAUACUGGUGCUAGUACACAAAAAAGUUUAGGUAAAAAAAAGAUUAGAUCAUGUAAUAAAGAAAAUAGUGACUUUAUUGUCUCAACAUUUUAUUUGUGUGAAGAAAAGAGGCUACACAAGAUAUUGUUAUGCAAAAUGAUAUUUGUGAAAUCUGAACCCAUUGAUGAAUAAAAUAAAAUUUUUGAUUUUUCUUAUGAAAAUGAUGUUUGAAGAAUUGUUGUUACAAAGGUGAAAGUUAUACAUCAACUUUUAAACUUGCUCUCAGCUAAAUACUGAACUGAGCUUUUUUGUACCAUAUGAAAGUAACAAUCCUAAGAAAAUGGACAAAUAUCAUAGCAAGCAAGAUGAUGCAUCAAUUUUUGAUUUUGAAGAUUUAAUACCUAAGAAAAGAUGUAGAAAGAUUACAGUCAUAGAAAGUGAUGAUGAUGAUGAUAGUGUACAUUUAAAAAGUUCCACUAACCAAAAUGGACAGAACCUUACUAGUGUUUCUACUGGUAAAAUUACUCAAGAAACUUUAUUUCUGCGAGGUGAAGGUAUAAAGGAAAAGGAACUUUUAUAUGUAGAUUUACCUUACAAACAGGAUGAUAAUUCAGAUUCAGAAGAUUUUAGGUCUGUGAAAAAAGGGAGAAUGGCUAUGGUUAUAAGAGAUGAUGAUGAUGAUAUGAUAGAAGUGAAAGAUUCCAAAAAUCAAGAAAGUGAUACCACUAGCAUACACAGUGAAGAAAAUUUGUGUGUACAAGAUAAAUGUAAGAAAAUUGUAGAAAAACUGGAUUACAAUUCAGACUUAGAUUUUGCUCCUAAAAAGAAAAGAAAGAUUGUAAUUGCACCCAGUUCAGAAAAUACAUCAUCUGAAAGCUCGGAGGAGGAGAAGAUAAAAAGAAACAGCAUCAAGAAAAGUAAUUUUAGUAGAGAAAAUUCUAUCAUCAGAGGUGAAAUGGAUUCAUGUGAAGACUCAAAGGGCUCCAGUGAUAAAGAAGAUGAGGAUUCAGACUCUUCAUUCAUUGAUGAUUCAACAGAUGAGUCAUGUGAUGUUUCAAAAAUGUUAAAAGAAGCUAUAUAUCAUGUGGGAAGGUCAGGAUAUGAUCUGGAGCCUGUAUCCUAUUCCAGUCCAAGAAAAACAAGAAAAGAUGAAGAUGAGGAUAAGAAUGUGUCCCAGUUGGAAAAAGAAUGCAACUCUCGCAGGUAUCCUCACAAACUUUUGGCCACUUUGAAGGAAUUAUCUAGUAAUGAUGUCAAAAUCCCUCAUGAAAUCUUGAAGGAGUGGGAAUUUUACAAAACAGAAAUAGAUGAAGAAAUGUUAUCAGAAUGCUCUUGUGGGAAGAAAAAUAUUAAAGAAUUAAACUUCAUGAAGAAUAAGAAAACAUCCUCAGUUUGUAUCAUUGGGAGUGAAUGUAUACAUUGGUUUGAUGAAUUAAAUUUAAAUGGAAUUAUGAAGUUGGGCCAAAUGCUAUUAAGGAAAGGGGUACUUGUAAACUUUCGUCACCAUCAAAAAGACAAACUUUUGUUUAGAGUAGAUUCCAAGGAGCUUAGUCUGCAACACACUUUUCAUCUUUUGAGGAAACCAAUGUUGCGAGAGUAUUAUUCAGUUCCAUUCCACUAUAAUAAAUGUGCAGAAAGUUGGUUUUUUAAUGUAUAUUCUGAUAACAUGACAAAACUAAAAAUAAAUAAGGAGUACCAUAUAUUUAUCAAAAUGGUAGCUGAGGUUUUAGGUAGAAAAGAAGUACACAUAAAUGAAAAAGACAGUAGUAGUGAAAGUGAUGAAGAAGAAGCAACAGUAAAAGAGAUAGACAAUUGGGAGGAAAAAAGUAUUUCAAAAAAAGAUGAGAAAAUAGUUUUUUAUUUGAGAAAAGUUGAACUUCCUAAAGCUAAAGAGCCAGUGGUAUCUAAACCUUCCAUAAAACAGUUUUUUAAAAUUUGAUUUAAUUUGUACAUUCAGAGCAGUGAAGUAUGUAAAAAUAUAUGAAUUUGGAGGAUUUCUGGACAUUGUUACAUAUGUCAGCUGUAUAUAUUAUUUUUAGAUUUAAGUUUGAAAAUAUUAAAUAACAUCAAGUUUGUAAAAUGCCUUUUAUAGUGUUGGUUUUUCACACACAUUUAAGUUUUAAAAAAAAUGGCAAAUAGUAUUGUUAUAUCUUACAUUCUGAAAAUAUAGAGAAUUCUGUAUUAAUUACUUUCUAUUUUUAGAACCUUUCAGUGAGCGUAAGGUAUGUUAAUUUGUUUUUAAGUUUUAAUAAUAUUAAAAUGUUGACCUUCAUUUUCAACCACAUUCCAAUAGAAAAUGAGGUAUGAAGUUAAAACAUUCUAGGCUCACAUGUAUGUUUCAAAGUACAGUUCUGAUAUAAAAGUAUUAUUUCUGUAGGUGAUUUAAAAAUUACAAGGGUUUUUUUUUUGCAACCAUGCUCAAAUAAGAUAGUAUUAAAAAAUAUUUUUAACAACUGUUGGAGUACGAAUGAUAGAGGUUUUGUUAAAAAGAGUAUUUCAUAGAAGUUUUAUAAAUGUUUAUCUUUACAUAUUCCUAUCUAAUUUCUUUAAUGUUAAUUGCCUUUUUUUUUCUUAUUAUUAUUAUUCCAGUGUCUGAUUUUAAAUAAGAUGUGUAAUUGAAGAUUUAAAAAUCAAGUCCUGUUUUUAAUGGGAAUUUGAAAGAAUGUUGUUUCAAAAUUUAUAUUUGUUGUAAAAUGAUCAUUUCUUUGUUAAAUUUUGACAUUUCUUAACAUGCUGAUGCUUACUUGUGCAGAGGGAGAUAAUUAUUUAGAUAUAUGUUAAACUUUUAAGCUUGUAUUCAAAACAACCUGAUUAGGCUGUUGUCAUGUGGUAUGAUUCAAAAACUAUUUACUAUAUAAUCUGACUAACAUUAGAGGUUGGAUAUAAUUUUUCUUAUUGUUGAUCAAUUAACAAGUUUAUAUAAAGUUACAUAUUUGUUACAAUUAUGAUUAUUCAGUGUUUCAGUUUUUUAAU